CAUUUAUCUAUCAUGCUACACCGACAGCAGAUAUUAAAUCUACUGUCGGUGUAGCAUGACAGAUAGAUGAAGUAUUUCUAUUGAUGUAACUAGGCAGUAUUGUGGUUGGUUUUUGAGCUCUUGAACAUGUCAUACAGAGAUAUAAGAAACUUCUUGGAAAUGAACAGGGCGUUAGGUUUUCACAGCCUCAUUUCUGUGGAAAGUUUUCGAUUUUCUAAUUUUCCGCUUGUUGCUGAGUUACUUGUUUGGCUAGUGAAACGAUUCGAUGCAGAUGUGAAUAUUCCACUCCAGAUAAGUACAGAAGACGAAAGGGUUCAAUUGAUAAGGAAUGCUGCUCAAUUUAUGGCUAUAAAAGCGAACAUAAAGCUUAACACGAAGAGGCUUUAUCAAGCAGAUGGGUAUGCCGUGAAGGAGCUUCUGAAGAUAACUUCAUUGUUAUACGACGCAUUGAAUGUUGAAAUCGAGGAAAAAGAAGAUAAUUUUAAUAGGAGCGACAUUGACAUGAGAGACUUCGACAUAACAGAUAAAGUUGGAGAAUUGAAGUUAUCUCGCCAACUCGCCUCAGAAAUAACAACAACGGGUGCUUCUUUAUUUGAAUUACUCGGAAAAGAAGUCGACCUGAGAGUCCACAGACAGAGGAGUAUUUCUAGACAAUUCGAAAUAAAUGAUGUUGAAAGUGGUGUCAAGAAAGCUAUCGAUAUAAUAAACGAAGACAUCAAGGAUACAACAGAACUGAUUAGCAAUAUUUCGGCUACUGAAGCCAAUUUGGAUGCAAAGAUAGAGAGGAGGAAGGUUGAGAUUGAUCGGUAUGAGAAGAGAUUGCAGACGUUGAAGAAAGUGAGGCCAGCUUUUCUUGAUGAAUUCACAGCUCUCGAGAAGGAAUUAGAAGAACUUUUCAGACAAUAUUCCACAAAGCUGAGAAGCCUGAAUCAUCUUGAAAAUCUCUUCGCUGAAGUAGAGAGAGCACAUUAUGAGAAACAAAUGAUGUUGUCUUCGCCUCGAAUAGAAACGAUUCCCUUUGAUGAUAAGAUGGAUCCCGACCACGUUUUCAUUGAUGACGAUAUCGAGCAAGAAGACAAAUUUCAGAGUAAACAAAAACGACCCCGAGCUGGAACUGGAGGCAGAAUUAGAAACGAUAAGCCGAAAGCAUUUGGUGAAAUGCAACCUCCAAGAUCAAGGAGUGCAUCAUCACUGGAUCUCAGUACUGACUCUGAAUCUGAAGAACUGUUUCUAGAUAAGGACGAGCCUGAGUUGAUGAAUUCUGAAGAUGAAUCGCUGGCCUUUGAGGUUUCAGCGAUGGAAAAAAAGGCUCCUUCGAGAAUAAUGACAGGAAAUAAGGCACCACUUCAAACAAAUAGUGAUGAUGAUUUUUGAAUAUGUUGCCAGUUAUGUGGAUUGUUAAUUCUUAAUUAAUAAAUAUAAAAUCUCA